AUGGGCCGCACGACCAAGGACCAACGGGAUGCCUACUACCGCCUGGCGAAGGGCCAGGGCUGGCGGGCACGCAGUGCCUUCAAGUUGCUGCAGCUGGACGAGGAGUUCCAGCUCUUCCAGGGCGUGAGCCACGCGGUGGACCUGUGUGCGGCGCCGGGAAGCUGGAGCCAGGUGCUGAGCCGCAAGCUGGGGGCGCCGAGGCGGGGCCGCGUGGUGGCCGUGGACGUGCAGGCCAUGGCCCCGGUGCCCGGCGUGCUGCAGAUCCAAGGCGACAUCACCCAGCUGGCCACCGCCCGGGAGAUCAGCCGCCACUUCCAGGGCCGCCCCGCUGACCUCGUCGUGUGUGACGGGGCCCCAGACGUCACGGGUCUCCAUGACGUGGACCAGUUCCUGCAGGCCCAGCUGCUCCUGGCCGCGCUCAACAUCACCACGCACGUCUUGAAGCCCGGCGGAUGUUUCGUGGCCAAGAUCUUCCGAGGCUGGGAUGCCACCCUCAUCCACAGCCAGCUGCGCGUCUUCUUUCCCAGCGUGGUCUGGGCCAAGCCCCCCAGCAGCCGCCAGUCCAGCAUCGAAGCCUUCGUGGUCUGCAAACUUUAUCAACCCCCGCCGGGGCCCUUGCCCGAUCUGAACACAUUUUGGCCCGACCUUUCCUACGAUUUCAAUCACUUAAGUGAUCCCACUCGCAUCAUAGUGCCCUAUGUUAUCUGUGGGGAUCUGAGUCCUUAUGAUAUGGAUCUGAGUUGCCCCCCAGGCUUGGAGCCUGGCUCUGAGCACCAGUAUGCCUCAGCUGAACAGCAAUCUCAAACUUGCACAGAGGAAGAGAAGGAAAAGGAGGAGGAGCGUCUCUCCGAGCAGAUGGACCCCCAACACUGCCCCCCAAGCACAGUGGACACAUUAACCCAGCCCUCCACUACCCUGCUGUUCCGUACCGUGUCAUCCUCGGAGGUAGAAGGCAGAGAAAUGAAUUUGUUCACUUUAAGAGAUUAA